AUGAAAUUAAAUAUAUCCGAAUUAAAAUGUCAACAACAUGACAAACUUGUUACAAUUUAUUGUUGUGCAUGUGAUGCUUAUUUUUGUAAAAAGUGUGAUAAAGAAAAACAUUCUCAAGAUGAUAAUCAAGAAGAUUCUUUACACAUAAGAGGUUUAGUUAAUAAAGAUGUAAUUAUUGGAAGAGAUGAAGAGGAUGAUGAUGAUGAAGAUGACGAAUAUGAUAAUAAAAUUCAAGACAUAUUAAAAAAAUCAAAUAAUCUUAAAAAAAGUAACAGUAUUGGUGGGAAUAUUGUUGAAAAUAUUGAAUUAAAAAGUCCAAUGAAAACCGAUUCACCUUAUUUUAUUAGAGAUAAAAAUUCAAUUCAAAGUGAUAUAGAUUCUAAAAUAACGGAAAAGAUUGAUUUAGAUAAUUUAAUUCAUGAAGAGGAUGACCCAUUCACAAUUGGUAUAAAUAGUAAUAAUAGUAAUAGUAAUAAUUUAAUUGAUGUAAAUGAUUUACAUACACCAUCCACACCAUCACCUCUACCAUCACCAUCAUUAUCAAGAUCAUCAUCUACAAAUAUAAAACCACAACAACAAACAUCACCUUCACCAUCAAGAUCAUCAGAAUCAAAUUCCACAACAAAUAAUAAUAAUAAUAAAAAUGAAAAAAAGAAAUUAAAAAAUAGUUCAAAUUCAGAAUUAAAUAGAAAGAAAAUUUAUAAAAAAGAGAAAAUCAUUGGUGAUAGUGAUGAAGAAGAACAUAUUUUAAAUAAUGGUAAUAAAAAUAAAAAUAAUAAAAGUAAAAGUGUUUAUGAUUAUGACGACGAUGAUGACAAUGAUGAUGAUAAUAAUAAUAAUAAUAAUAAUAAUAAUAAUAAUAAUAAUAAUAAUAAUAAUGAAAAUGAUGAUAAUAGUAAUAGUAAGAGUGAAGGUGGUGUAUUUUAUUCAUCAUCAUCUGAAACUGAAAAAGAAAUUGAAAAUGUAGAAAAUAAAAUAGAUAAUAAACCAAAACCACCAAAUAAAUCAUUACCAAAAACACCACAAUCAAAUAAAAAGAAGAAACCAGAGAAUUCAAUUAUGGUAAAGAAUUUAGAUAGUGGUUUAGUUGAACAAAUUUUUGAAGAGGAGGAAGAGGAGGAGGAGGAUGAGGAUGAAGUUGGAUCAGAAAGUGGUGGUGGUGGUACAAUAUUUAAAAAUCCAUAUUCUAAUAGAAAGAAUAAAAGUGGUAAAUAUAAGAGUAAUUCAUGUGCAUUGGAAGAGGGUGAAGAGGAUGAUAGUAGUAUUCAGAGUCAAUUCGAUGGUGAGGAGAAAGAAGCAGUUCAUAUAGUUCAAGGUAUAGUUGAAGGUGCAAUUUUAUUUGGUACAAACAUUGCCACUGGUUUGUCGGGUAUCGUUGCAGAACCAAUUAUAAACAUUGUCGAUAACCAAGAUAAUAAAGUCAAAGGAUUCUUUAAAGGUGUUGGUAAGGGGUUACUCGGUGCUGUAACUUCACCUGUUAAAGGUGGAUCUGGAUUUUUAAUUAAAACAGCCGAAGGUUUAAGAAACACACCUGCAACAGUGUUCCAUGGUGAUCAUGAAGAUCUAAUGGGUUUCUCAGAUGCCGAUCAAGUCAAAGAGAGAGAGGCAUCUCAUAUUUUCGAAGGUAUAGCUCAAGGUACAAUUAGUUUAAGUAAAAAUUUAUAUUUGGGUGUCACUGGUAUAGUAACUGAACCAAUCAAAGGUUUACGUGAAGAUGAAAAUAAUAAAGCAAAAGGUUUCUUUAAAGGUGUUGGUAAAGGUUUAAUGGGUGCAAUCGUUAAACCAGCCUCUGGUAUCAUUGAAAUGGCUGGUAAAACUGCUGAAGGUAUAGCAAAUACUCCUCAUACUAUCAUCAAUGCAAUUGAAAUGAAAAUCGAUGAAAAAUCAAAUAAUAAUAAUAAUAAUAAUAAUUUGGAUUCUGAUAGUGAAGGUGAAACUUAUGUUAAUCCAAAUGAAAAUUAA